CUUGUCACUGCGCUGCUAUUGUGGUAAAUAUGGGGAUGGUCUGAAAAGGUUCGAGGAAGUCUCCGCCUUUUCAUGCGCUGUCACUAUAUACAUAGAGUUCAUUCGUUCCGCCGGCCGCAUGCGACAACUGCGACAACUUUCAAACCUGCCACAUCCUCAAUAACACAUCGCCGUGUCAUCUCAGAUAAUACAUACAGCAACCUCUGCAUCCCAUGGAGUCAUGGCUAUCCUGGACCAGCCUAUUCCUGGCUAUCGGCUCUGCUGCCAUAAUCUGCAUAUUUACGCUCAUUCUUCUCGGCCACGCCCUCGCGAAAUCACAAAACAGCCAAGUUCCCAAAUGGCGCCCACAACACUGCCCCGUCCAUCUCCUAGUCGUUCUCGGUAGCGGUGGCCACACAGCCGAGAUGUUCUCCAUGCUCCGGCGGAUGAACCUAGACCCGUCCAAAUUCACUCAUCGAACCUAUAUCGUAAGCUCCGGAGACAACUUCAGCGCGACAAAAGCCGUUGAGUUCGAAACAACCCAUAUAAGUCAUCAUGUCAAUGCCAAUGCCAAUGCCAAAACCACAUCACCAGACUCCUACACCAUAGUUACGGUACCCCGCGCCCGUCGCGUACACCAAUCCUACCUGACUGCGCCUUUCUCUACACUCAACUCCUUCUGGUCUUGUCUCUUGGUCCUGCGUGGUCUUCAUCCGGAUCAGACCCGGCAAUCUCAUACAGCGCCGCAUCUACCUUCUCCGUAUCCGGACCUUAUUCUCACCAAUGGCCCUGCCACCGCGGUUUGUGUUAUCGUGGCCGCCCGGCUUCUUCGUCUAUGGCUGUUCUUAUGCGGGGCCUUUUCUCCUUUUGCACCCGAAAGAAGGACAUCAGAAAGUGACUCUGUGACAGCGCCAGUGCCAGCGCCGGGUACCUACCAGCUGCGCACAAUCUUCGUAGAAUCGUGGGCUCGCGUGACGACAUUGAGUUUGUCGGGUAAGCUCCUGUUGCCUCUGACAGAUCGAUUCCUGGUGCAGUGGCCCGCAUUAGCAGGCAAGAAGGCGUGGCCGGGAAUGAGGGAGACAGAAUACGUGGGUACACUCAUGGAUUGAGUGUCUGGUGUAUUUCCUGUUUUACAGGCCUUCGAUACUUCGAUUGCUUUCUGGUGACUUGCGAUUUGAACUUUACCUGUACCUAUAGACAUACUGUACAUGAUACCCCUUGAACAUUGUAAUAGACUGUCGGGUCAUCCAUCAUGUUUCCUAGCAACUACAAGCUGUCGGGCCCUAUGGGCGAUCAGUCGGCGGC